AUGGCAUCUACACCUCGAAUAUCACUGUUUCGCUUAAAACAAGAUUCGCCUCAAUGGCAGCACUUACUACGUGCUACCCUGCAAGAAUGUUCUUACCUUCCGGACCCUAUUGCGCGCACCUACAUGCGUAGCUAUGUUCUGGACCGAUAUCGCCGCGCAUUCGAGUCCAAGAUACCAGAGGAAAAGUUGACCCGAUCAGCCAAGAAGGGACUCAGCAUGCUACAGAGAGCAAAUGAGGGAUACCCAAAACCGCUUGAUAAAGUUAUGCUCAUGUCAUAUGGUCGCAUCGGCAAACGGAGACAUGAAUUAAUAGCUCAGCUCUUGAAGCCAGAAGCUCCGAUAGACACCAACUCACUCAGAGAAUUGAUUACAAGUGUCCCUAACUAUCAGGAUGGCUGGGAACCCCCACAGAUCGUCACUAGGCUUCUCAAAUCUCAGAUGAACCACGGAGUAGCCACCGCAUCCCGUCUACGACCCCAACUAAAACACGUUGUCCCUGCGAUCCCUGAAACAAAUAGCUGGGGGCGACCUGUGGCCCAGUCCCGUCGAGCUAAUAUCCGGCGUAAAUGGUACAUUGAUACAUUGUACAGUUUGCUGCCCCCGUUACCGGAACAAGAACUUGGCAUUCUAAACAGUCUCAUGGCUGGUACUGUGCCAUGGAGGUCUUUCAAACAAAGGCCAGUCGAAGCCCCGGCAGUUCAAGAUGAUAGUGUCUUGGAUUUCUUGAUGGAUGGUCCCCAGAAAGGCCAAACCUUUGGCUCUUAUGUCCAUGGCCGUCCGCACAAAAUUACAUCCAGAUCCAUGCGACGCCUGUGGAAGCGAAUCUCUGGACUCGUGCCGAGAAUGCACUGGAAUGAUGCUUCUCAAAAGUGGAGCUUUCAUUGGGACAGUGCAAAAGUUGUACCACAAGUGGCUUUUGAGUUGGAUCAAGAUUCGGAUCUUGAUGAGAUUUUUGGAGAGCCGGCUCCAGCAAAACCCUCGUCCAAGGGUUCAGCGCAAAGCUAG